CAAUGUCAUAAAUUUUCCCGCCAUAUGAUCUUAUUUUUUAUCUGCUUUUAGACAUAUUUUUUCAUAAUUUUUAUUUUUUCGUUACCUUUUUCCGAUUACAAUACAAAAAUAUCUUUUUAAAUUUUUUUGCGCUUGACUUGAAACUAUCAAUUAAAUCUAUUAAAGAAACUUCCAAUAAAAAAUGCGGAAUAUUGAAAUUAAAGCUCGUAUUACAAAUUACGAUAACAUUUGUAAAAUAGCCGAAGAACUCAGCGGCGGUCCACCGAAAAUUAUUUUACAAGAUGAUACAUUCUAUAAAGUGAAUCGAGGACGAUUGAAAAUGAGAUUCUAUUCAGACUCUUCAGCUACGCUGGUUCGCUACGAUCGGGACGACGAAGAAGGUCCGAAGCUGUCUGACUACGAUUUGGUUGAAUUCUCCGCAGUUGAUGGCCAGAAAGCUAAACAAUUAGACGAAUUAUUAAGGAAAUGUUUGGGUUCUCGCGGUCGAGUCGUUAAAGAAAGGAAACUAUACAUGGUCGGUCAAACACGCGUUCACAUAGACUCCGUUCAAGGUCUUGGACACUUCAUGGAGCUUGAGGUGGUGCUGACACCAGAGCAGAGUGUGGAAGAAGGCCAAGCCAUCGCCCGUGACCUUCAAAAAGCUCUGCAAGUAAAAGAUGAAGACUUAAUAGAAUGUGCUUAUGUUGAUUUGUUGGAUAAAGUGAAUGAAUAAAAAAAUUUACUAACUUU